AUGGCAGGUUGUCGCCAGUAUACGAACAGGAGCUGUGAGGAAUGUCUGAAAAAUGUCACUUGCCUGUGGUGUGCCAGCAGUGGGAGGUGCGUGGAGUACCCUGUCCGAAGAGUCCUCCCCCCGGCUGACCUCUGUGAGCUCCGCUCUGCGCGCUGGGGAGUCUGCUGGGUGAACUUUGAAGCCCUGAUCAUUGCGAUGUCUGUGGUGGGAGGAACAAUCCUUAUCAUGUUGGGGGUCUGCUGCUGCUGCUGUUGUAAGAAAAAGAGCAAAAAGCCAGACAAGGAUGAUGAGAGAGCAGCCAGGGAGCGGGAGAAGAGGCGGGUGCGGCAGGAGGAGAGGAGAGCAGAGAUGAAAUCACGGCAUGAUGAAAUCCGAAGAAAAUAUGGCCUGUUUAAGGAAGAGAACCCUUAUGCAAAAUUUGAGAAUUAGCACCUCCGGACCUGCCCAUCCCAGUGAACAGUGCCUUCCCGCAGAGCCGCAGGACUCCACGCUUCCCCUGCCACAAGGAGACCACAGUGGUGCCACUUCCCGCUUCAGCUGCCACAGAAGAUGAGCCAAAUGCUUGGUGACACUAUUGUCUCCACUCCAGAUGCUCAGUUUGCUCCAGAGCUUUGCUCUUGCUCUGCUGAUGCAGGAAAACAUGGUGGCAAUACCAGAGAACAGGUUUCUCCUCACUCACCCUGGGGUGGUAAUGGAGUCCAAAGCAAUGCAAAUAACAGCCCUUGUCUCUGGCCAAGGGCAAAAGCAACCUUAUGCAUCUUUCUUGCUCCUGCCUCACCAAAUACCCUUCACACACACAGAGCCAGGCUCUUUUGUCCACCCCCUUCUUUCUUUUUUUUUCUUUUAGUAUAGGCAGAAGCCAGCAAGAGUUUCUUGACUUGUCAGUCAGCAGGAGGCCUUGGCUGUUACUCCAGGUGCCUGUACUUGUCCCAGCACAUUAGCAUUCCUUUCAAAAAGCACAAGUUUCUGGUUAUCUCGGGCCUCCAGGAGGAAGGUCCCAUGUGCAUGUUCUCACUUGCAACUAAUCUGGGGAAAUGCCCCAACUCUCCUACCUCUGUGCCUUUCCAGAAAGGUGGUCUCCUGGGCUUGAUGGCCACAGCUGAUAGCAAUACUGAAUGAUUCAGAUGCCUUUACAAAAUGUUGACUCUAUAUUAAACUGAUGUGAUUACUA